AUGUUUUUCACAGGUGAAGUAGAAGAGAUCUGCUUUGCAACAGCGGCCUCAUUGAGGAUCCUCCUGGUGGGCAGAACAGGCAGCGGGAAAAGCGCCACAGGAAACAGCAUCCUCUGCAGGCCAGCCUUUGAGUCCAGGCUGGCCGCCCAGUCGGUGACCAAGGCCUGCCAGGGGGAGAGGGGCACGUGGAAUGGGAGGGACAUCCUGGUGGUCGACACGCCCUCCAUCUUUGAGGCAAAGGCCCACUCGCAGGAGAUGUACAAGGACAUCGCAGACUGCUACCUGCUGWCUGCCCCAGGGCCCCACGUGCUGCUCCUGGUCACCCAGCUGGGGCGCUUCACGGCCCAGGACGCGGUGGCAGUGAGGAGGGUGAAGGAGGUGUUUGGGACCCAGGCCAUGAGGCACACGAUCGUGCUCUUCACCCACCGGGAAGACUUGGGCGACGAGUCCCUGGACCAUUACGUGGUCAACACGGACAACCUGGGCCUGCGCCGGCUGCUGGCCGAGUGCGGCCGGAGAUGGUCUCCAGGGGAGCAGUCAGGCAGGCUCCAGGGGGCAUCAGAGGAAAGAGAAGACCGUGUGGAGUGA